UAUAUUAUCGCUAGUUAGACCUACCUGCUUUAACGUUUUGACGAUCGAUAGGGGGGGCCAGGCCCCUGCUCGCCCCCCCUUGGCUCCGCCACCCCCCACAAGGCCACAACUCUCGCUGGAUCCGAGAAAGCGCGAGGAGCAGUGGUUUGAGCUUUGAAGCAGAUCGUCAGCCGGCGGAGCGGUCGCUCUCUCUCUCCGACGACGUUGCGCAGCCCAGGGGUGGACGGUGGCCGUUAGAUAAAACCGGGUUCUGGUUGAGAGACAGAGGGAAUCUGAUCUCCGUCGUCGUCUCACGGCUCAGACGUCCAAGCAGCAAGCAGAAAUACAAAGGAACCUAAAGCCGGAGCUGAACAAUGGCUUCCAGACUCGCUAGCUGCUUCCCCUGCCUGAGCACGAGGAAGAAGGAAGUCCCCCCAUCUCCUCCGGCCUAUCCACGCAGCCGCAACCCUUCUGCGCCACAAACUUUCUCCUUCGAGGAGAUCGCGGCGGCGACAAGUAACUUCAGCGAUGACUGUCCCGUUGUUGGUUUGGAGGGUCUUUACAAAGGCUACCUCAAGAGCAUCAACCAGGUCGUUGCUAUAAGGCUGCAGCCUGUUAUUGAUCCUAAUGCAUCAGCAGAUCAAGAGAUCAUGGAGUUUCUUGGCCAUGUCCUAAAGAUCAGCGCGCUGCGCCACCCGAACCUCCUGAGUCUGAUAGGCUUCUGCGCGGUCGGUGAUCACAGGAUCUUGGUUCACGAGUACAUGCCAUUGGGUUCUCUGGAAGAUCACCUCCACGAUCCAUCUCCGGGCAAAUCACCGCUGGACUGGAACACAAGGAUGACCAUUGCCGCCGGCGUGGCCAGAGGGUUGAAGUAUCUGCACGAUAAAGGUUUCGUCUACCCAUGCAUGAGAAGCCGGGACAUCUUUCUCGGAGACGGCUACCACCCAAAGCUGUCCCAAUAUGGACUGGCGGAGCAUGACCGGCUAGCUGCUCAGCUUGCCAAGGGCUGGAAUGUUCGUUUCCCCAGAGAUAUUACUUUUGCCGAGACCUGGAUGGUCGGGAAGCCGCUCCCGGAGUCGAAUGUUUACGGCUUUGGCGUGGUGCUGCUGGAGAUGAUCACAGGGCGGAGGGCCUUCAACGACGACCAGGAUGCCGUGGGAGAUCGACACCUUGUCCAAUGGGCCCAGCCAUUCCUGGCGAACGUGCGCCAGUUCGAACUCUGCCGGAUGGCAGACCCAGCGCUGCAGGGCCGAUAUCCGUCCUUCGACUUGCGGAAGGCCGUGGCAUAUGCUGGGCUGUGCAUCCAAGAACGGCCCGAUAUGAGAGCGCGCAUCGACACCGUAGUCAAGGUUCUGUCUCACCUCGCCAAUGAUGUUGAUCGACCUGAAUCAUCACACCACGCGGCUCCUAAUUAACUUAGAAGGGAAGGUGGAGAGAAGUCUGAGACAUGAGCAAGAACCGGGAUUAGGCAAAUUAGCAUAGACGGGGUGCACCAUUGAGUAUCCUCAAAACAAACAAUAUCAAUUGAAAAUAUCCUCUUCUUUUCUUCUGCCGGUUGUAUUCAAGAAAUAAAUCCCUCCCUUGUACUUCACUAAUAAUCAUGUACGUGCAAUGCACGUAUUAAAUAAUAUAAAUAAAAUUAAGGACAUAGAUAUUUUGUACCUAGUA